AGACGACCGACCUCCCUCAUCGUCAACUAUCUCCCUCCAAACACCCCACGUCUAUCGGAUGCGCGGAAUAACGCGGCUUUGACGACAUGUCGCAGACACAGCAGGUCCGCCACGAGGACUCGAUUGAGACGCAGGAUCCUCACAACGAAGACGCCAAGAAGACAAAGAGCAGGAGGCCCGCCAAUACCGCGUUCCGGCAACAAAGGCUAAAGGCCUGGCAACCCAUUCUCACCCCGAAAACCGUCCUCCCUCUCUUCUUCAUCGUCGGCAUCCUAUUCGCACCUAUCGGUGGUCUUUUGAUAUGGGCUAGCUCACAGGUGCAAGAGCUUGCCAUCGACUAUACCGACUGCUUCACAAAGUCGCCCGAAACCCUAGCCAACCGUGAUCCUAAUAAAACAGAUACCACCGCCGUAAUGCCCGCCAGUCGAGUGACAUCGCAUUUCAAGACAGCGGGAGGACAACCACCCAAGUGGGGACAUGCCACUGAGAAGUACAAUUAUUCGUCGCAGGUCUCGCUAGAUACGAACGUCUGCGUACUCCAGUUCGACAUUCCCAAUGACAUUCAUCCUCCGAUCUUAUUCUACUAUCGCCUCACAAACUUCUACCAGAACCAUCGACGAUACGUCAAAUCCAUAGACACUGAUCAGCUGAAGGGAGAUGCCAAAUCCGCAAGCGCAAUCAACUCUGGAGACUGCGAUCCGCUUCAAUUGGACCCGGAGACUAAGCUGCCCUACUACCCUUGCGGAUUAAUCGCCAAUUCCCUUUUCAAUGAUACUUUCGAUAAUUUCACCGCUCAGACUCAGGACGAACACGGCAAAUUUCCAAUAUAUAACCUAACUCAGAAGGGCAUUGCUUGGAGCAGCGAAGCCGAUCUAUACGGGAAGACAAAGUAUACUGCCAAGGAAGUUGCAGUGCCGCCGAACUGGCGAUUGAGAUACCCGAAGGAUGGCUACACUGAUGAGCGGGGCAUUCCGGACCUUCACACGGACGAAGCCUUUCAGGUCUGGAUGAGGACAGCUGGUCUGCCUACCUUCAGCAAGUUGGCAGCGAGGAACGACCACGACGUCUUGAAGGCGGGUACCUACCGAAUCAAGAUUUGGGAGAAUUUUGAGGUCUCGGAAUACGGCGGCACGAAAUCCAUCCUGAUCUCAACGAGAACGGUUAUGGGCGGCAAGAAUCCCUUCCUCGGUAUCGCCUACGUUGUAGUGGGAGGCAUUUGUAUACUGCUGGGCGCGCUGUUCACAGCGACUCACCUCAUCAAACCAAGGAAACUUGGUGAUCAUACCUAUCUGACCUGGAAUAACGACCAGCCUAGCACUGCAACUGCAACCGGGCGGAGUGUCAGGCCGGGUGACUCGGCAUGAUGACAAGUGCCGAUCUGCGCAAGGUUGGAUGGGAGUCUCACGAAAAGAGGACUUAAGACUUUUAUUUCUGUUUCUUGUCUCUGCUUGAAUUAUACCGUUUCCUGGGGUUUUGGUGAUGUACUGUAGUAUGGGCAUUCACAAUCGGGCGUUUCGGAACUUCCUUUGCACAAAUAAGACCAGUAUUGUCAUUUCGUCUACGAAAACGUUCACGCAAGAGUCUAGGUGCUUAAGUCAACGCGAGGAGGAGGUCGAGACUCCGUUGAGAGGGAUCGAGAGUAAACAAGGGCCUUUGUUGCUGAAGGUUUAUAAGACAUCGUCAAGAACAGUACCGUU